AUGCUCGAAAGUGAUAGAAACCUUCACAAGAAGCACAAGAACCCAUAUAUAUUACAUGGAGGAGAUGCCCAAAAGCGGCUUCAUGCAGCCCAACCAGGCGCCAAAGCAUUAGACCCCAUGAGACGACUCGACUCCAGGUCAUUAAUGAACGCCUCACAAAUGGCGAUUAAAUGGAAUGCAACACUUCGCCAACUUACGGCCUGCUAUGAAAGCGAGAAGGUAGCCAAAGUUGAGACAUUUUGCUACUCUCAGGAAGAAUGCGAGGUGGAAUGUGCAAAGUCGGGUAAACUAAAACUCCAAGGAUUGCUUCACUAUCACAUUCCCCACAAGAAAGAUUGGUUCGUCCCCGACCUUACCCCACUAAUCAAUGCUAUCCAAAAUAAUUGGAAAAUAGCAACGUUCGCAGUCACAUCAGCAUUGACACUAGCAUCGAUCAAACCUAGCGGCCCUAUGGUGAUUAUUAUGCUAACAAAAGGCGUUAAUCUACGCAGCUAUAGAUCACGUCUUAAACAAAGUUCUAUGUUGUAA